GCUAACCACGUAUCAGUUUCUCGACAAAAGAAUACAUCCCCAUCUUUAAGAUAUCAUUUCUACUCACCCAUCAACAGCUUAACGACAACGGCCACACCACGAACGGAGGAAAGGAGUGUUGAAAGCCGGGGGGGAAUGUUUACACAGCACAAGAAGGCGCAUCAGAUACGCAAUUUUCUUCCGUACCACGGUAGGCCCCACCAUAAAUCAUCGAUUGCAUGCCGAAUUUCCCGAAUCUCGUACACGUCCAGCGCCUACGGCCGCUUUGGAGGGAAUUCCAGCUGGGAGUACAAGCAUAAAAGUGACCUAUUCUAUCAUGAAGCAAUUAAAAUAUUGACGCCAUAAAUAAAACUCUCACGUAUCGCGCGCCACGCACCGGAGGGACAGCCGAAAAAAAGGGAGCGCAUCCUGGGGUGUGUGUACCUUGGCUGUAGGUCAGGAAAUCCCUUACCUACCCCGUGUGGAAUCCCCUCCGUACUUUCCCUUCGCCGUAUCGCGGGCGUAGAUGUACCAAAGCCGGGAAAGCAUAAGCCCUGUAUGCUCGGAGGAGCUGCUGCACGAAGCAGCGCACACUUCGGGCCGUGUUCGGGCCGCUCCGAACCUUUUUGUGUUUGCUCGCGCGACUCUGCGGAGCAUCAGCCGCAUCAGCAGCAACAGCAGCAACGGCAGCAUGUUUGAUGUUUGCUCCGGCCAACCGGCAUCUCUCGAGCGCACCACACCAUUUCGGAUGAUCAUAACACGCAACGCAGCGACCGUGAACGCACGUGUUUUUCGUACAGUUUGGUUCGCUCCUUGUUCGCUCCGUGGACGUUGUGUGUUGAUCAGUAUCUAGAGUGACUUCAGUACAUCGAUAUCAAGCAAUGGUAGUGUUUGUGAGAUUUUAAGUGGCCAGUUUGCUGUGUUUAAUUAUUGGAAGAAACAAAUGAGUAUUCUCAGCAGUGAUUAAACAUUAUUUAUGUGAUUGAAAAUAAAGUGUAAACAAAUCACUUAGUGUGUUUCUACAAACUACUAACGUACUAAAGCAGUGACAUUAGUGGCGUUUUUUCUGAAAGUGCUUCACCGUACCAAGUGCUCAGUUUGCAAUGAAUCAAUCGACGACUUCGGAGGAGUCGCACUGUCACAUAAUGGAUAAGAACAUCGAUUUCCAUAUCGUUCAGCUGUUCGAGCGGCUGGAAACGCUCCGGAAGGAUCCGGGCCCGAAGCUAUCCCUCUCCGUGCAGGGACGUGCCAACAUGCACAAGGAGCUGCGUACGCUGGAGCUUUGGAGAUCGGUCACGUCCGAGUGUUUGGCUUCGUUCUUCUACGUGUUUGUCGUGUGCGGUGCAGCUGCCGGUGCGGGCGUUGGAGCGAGCGUCUCCUCCCUGCUGCUGGCCACCUCGCUCGCUUCCGGCCUGAUCGUCAUCGUGCUGACGCAGUGCUUUCUGCACGUCUCAGGCGCACAUAUAAAUCCAGCUGUCACCAUGGCCCUGGCGGUGACACGAAAGAUAUCGGCUCUGCGGGCCAUCCUCUACAUUACGGCCCAGUGCGGUGGAUCGAUCGCCGGUGCAGCCAUGCUUUAUGGUGUAACAGUUCCAGGUUACCAAGGUAAUCUACAGGCAGCUGUUUCGCACAGCGCACAGCUAGCACCCUGGGAGCGGUUCGGGGUCGAGUUCAUCCUCACCUUCAUCGUCGUGCUGGCGUACCUCAUUUCGACCUGUUCCUUCAAGAAGUAUUUCGGAUCGUCCGCGAUCGUCAUCGGUGCGGCGUACAGUGCGUGCAGCUUCGUAUCGAUGCCCUACCUGAAUCCAGCCCGUUCCCUGGGUCCUUCGUUUGUGCUGAACAAAUGGGACAACCACUGGGUGUACUGGAUUGGGCCGUUCUUCGGCGGCAUCAUUGCCGGUCUGAUCCAUCAGUUUGUGUUUACGCCGAAACCGAAAUCCAAGAGCAAAUCGAAGAGCGGCAACAGCUCAAGCAUCUCCGCCGUUGCUGCCGAGGAGCCGAACAACUACACGGUGGAUGUGAGCAAGAUGGCCGCGGCGCAGGGUGUCGUCGGGAAGUUCCAAAACGCCCGGCACCACAGUGGAACGCUGCCGUCGCGCUUCUGCCACAGCAUGUACGCGAGCAGCGAUCAGCCGACGAUCAAGAUUGAACCGCUAGAUCCGAUCUACGGCGCUGCCAGCAAGUCCAUGUUUGGGAAGAGUCCGCAAAUGUCCCGCUCGAACUUGAAUCGCUCGCAGUCGGUGUACGCUAAGAGCAAUACGGCACUGCAUCAGGAGAUUCCGGCUACCGUAGCGGCCACGGCUACCCUGCGCCCGGGCAUGCUGGUCCCAGCACAGAGCCUAUACCCGCUGCGAGUGUCGCAGCAGCAGCAGCAACAGCAACCACACGUGCACACGCAAAACCAGAACGUACAGAAUCAGCUGCAUCAGCGCUCGGAAAGCAUCUACGGUAUGCGUAGUGCCGUGCGACAGCAGCAACAGUUGGCCGACCAUCUUUCUCAGCAGCUUGCCCCACGGCCAAGCCACUCGGAAGCGGGCCAGACCGGCUUUCAGCCCAUCUACUCCGUGCGGAACAAUCCCGCCUGCUCGACCGAUGGUUUGCGCGAUGUCCACGAACAGGCUGGCUGCGAUAAGGUAAUCAACACGCUCGCCCGCACCGACCGGCCGGAAUCGGUGUACGCCGCAACGCGCCGCAUCCACUCGACACACUCGGACGACAGCUCGUACGGGUCGUACCACGGCAAUGGGCAGGGUAAUACGCCACCCACUCGCAACGAUCCGCAUCAGCAGCACGGUGGACCUGGUCCGUACGGUGGAGCUUCCCUGCUGCAUCCCGCGUCCAGCUCACGCACGCUGCCCCAUCCGCACGGACAUCGGGGCGUGAUCCUGCACGAUCCCAACAUGCCACCGCCGCCGCCACCGCUCAUGAGCUGUAGCUAAGCGGGGAGCGCACGCUCCACACCACCACCACCACCACCAAAUGAACCCGUAGCCGUUAAGAGUGUAGAGUUUUUUGCGUGUUUGCGUGUGUACUGCGUUUAUACGAAAUAGUGAUCCUAUUAGACUGUAAGCAUGUUAUUUAUAAAGCAGAACUAAGCCACAAGACAGGCUCCCUCUCCUCCCUACCUUGUAGAUUGUAGUAAUUUAUGGCCAGCUUGAAAGGAUGUCACAUUGCUGUUGUGAUGAGCUGUGGGAAGGUGAAGACUGAGCAAAUAUAAGCGAACGUAGCGAACGCAAAACGAAUCGAGCAAAACCGUUGUAAUUGAGAAGAAUUUCUAUGUUUUGUGUACUUAUGGUGAAUAAAAUAUAAUCCUGGUUA